UGGUUUGGAAGGUUCGAGAGUCAGUUUACGUUUUGAGGAAACCCCAAUUUAUUGUUGUGUAUUUUAAUGAUGCUGUGAUUGUACUCGUCCUGCCCACCUGGCCCCUCUACAUUUUGGCACCCCUAGUGGAGAGUGAGGGAACAAUCCAAUCAAGAUUGGACCUUUGUUGCUUGUGUUGGCUAAAUCUACUAACCUGCUAAACUUGGCGACAUGGAUCACAAGAAGAGCUCUGGUUUCUCCAACACCACAUUUCUGCGGCAACCAGCCCGGGUGUUGAUCAUUGAGGCAAUGCCACCAUGGUGGUCCAAGACCCGCUCUGUUCUCUGUGAUGCUCUUGAUAACUUCCUGACCCUGGUCUGUAGUCUGAAAGGACCUUGUAGGCUCCCUUUCCUCAGCGUGUUUGCCAUCAGCAGUCAGCAGGAAUGUCUGCUUCCUUUUGUGAGAGUUCGGGGUAACCUGCCCAGGUUGCUUUCCUGCGUGGAGGCGCUGCGGGCGAUCCCGAGCGAAGGCGUCACCACAGAACUGGCCAGUGUAGGCGAGAUGCUGCGCCAGACUGUGCUGGAUGGCCAGAGGCAAUUUAACCAAUACAGGAAAUUCAGUGGGGUCGACAUCCAGACCAACAUAUCUGUCGAGGUUACUGUGGUGACCAGCCGUCCAGGAAAAGGCAUGGUUUGCCUUUUGAAAAAUGUGCUCAAGGAUGAUGACCUGGAUCCAAUCAAUGGUUUCCUGGUGGUGCAGCUUUCCAGUCAGGUAGAGUGGGGUCAAGACGGACUCCCGCCUCAAGAGCCCCCUCAGGCUUGUAGUGCAGAUAAUCUGGUGCUGGUGGACCUGCACCUGGUGGACAGCAGUGUGUUUGCUCUUGAGGGAGUAUUUAAGAAUUGGCUUCAAGAAUAUGGAGUGGACUCUGAACACAUCCACCUUGUCCUACCAAGCCCACGGGGGAGUCCCGGUCCAGUGUGCAUUAAGUGCGACAUGCGGGAGCGCGUCAUCAGCCCCGGCUCCCUCCCACUGAACCCCUCGGAGAAGCCAGAAAGCCUUUGUGACGUCAUGUCAGUCUCUCAAGUACCCCGGAGAAUGAGAGCAAUCAAGGCCCUUUACAAGGCUGGCGUGUGUCAAAGCGUGUUGUACGGCCUGCCGCUAGUUGUCAUCCCGACCGCCUGCUGGCGUCUGAACUGGGAUGAGAUAGAAACCAACCAGCACAGGUUUCAAGCUCUCAACCGCACACUGCAGGAUCAGGGCCAGGUUUUGCUGCUGCAGGUGGGGCCGACAGAUGGAGACUCAGAUUUGUGCUCUUUCUAUUUCCUCUACCCAUCUCCGUCACUCGCCAUGCUCCUGAAGCCAGUCGUCUGCAGGGAACUAUUUAUGCCUGGCGCGUACUCUGAGCCAAUGCGGGAGCCUCCCCCUGAAGCCAUGCAGGUCAUCAUGGAUUGCCUCAGCCAGAUCAAAGAGAAGGAGGUGUUGAGCCCCUGCUCCCUGAACAGCAACCUCUACCAGCAUCUCAGGAGCAUCCUGGUCACCAAGCUGCACUACCCAUUAGGCCCUUCAACUAUGCUCCCUGCUAUCCAAACAUACCAGCGUCAACCACCAGAGAGCGCUGUAGCCACAGCCAACAGUCAAUCCCAUCAGGCUCACCAGCUUGGAAUGUACAGCAAGGUCAAGUCCAACGUGGCCCCCGAGCCGCCUUCCUUGCAGAGGACCCUGGAAAACUCCCGCUCCGCCCCGCUGAGACCUCCAACUCCCUUGAGACCACAUCGUCGAGCUUUGACCUUCGUGAGAAGGAGUAGCUCAUGCAGUAGCGGCCAUCAGGCCUCAGCGCCUGCUCCUCAGGAGGGAUCGGACAAAGAUGGCACGGUAACACUGGCAGAGCACUGAUGGGUGGAUGGUGGAAGGCAAAACUGAAGAUAAAAGAGGAAUACGGUAGCCAAAGGUCAAGAGGUUGUGUAGUGCAUUCUUCAUACGAGUCCCAGCGUACAGUUACAGUGUUUCCGUUUCAACAUGCGCACACAACUUUGCCAUUUGAGGGGUUUGGUCAUAACACGCCCUUCUUAAGAAGUGAAAAUCACAAACUCGGAAUUCUGUGCCAAAAAUGCCCCGGACAGCUGACUGAAUUCUUCCAUGCAUCACUAUUAAAAUGUCACCACAUCGGCUGAUGUGAGCAUGCGAACGUGUGUGUGCAUGCGUGCGACCAAAUGACAGAUUAGUAAUUGUGCUCUUAAAAAGGGGAAGAGGAGAGGGGGGAAAAAAAGAAUUUACAUAUCCAUAUUGUACUGACGUAAAGACAAGUAUUCACAUUCCUCUUCGAACACAGCUUUACUGUUUUAAUCGGGGGGGGGGGGGUAGCAGCAGCAGACAAAUGGCUCUCUGCUUUCCUCAAGCACCAUCAUUCUCGCCUUCUCUCAAAGGUGCCAGAUGAAGAGGUGAAACUCCGGAAACAGCAAAGUAAAAGUAUCAUUUCGAUUGUCCUCUUGGUUUGCAGAGACAUCCCAAUAGAGUCAAUGCAAAUUCAUGGAUACUACACAUCAAGUAGUCAUGCUCAUAUUUCUUAAUCUAAUAAGCACAAGAGCCUUGUCUCUCUCUCUCUCGCACACGCACGCACGCAUGCACAGACUUUAAUCAGUCUCCCGCCAUUCCACUCCCAUGUUGAACCUUGUAACACAAGCGAGGAGCCAGUGACAAAUUACCUCAUGGCGUUCUGACGUCACAGGCCUUCCGCAUUCACAAAUUACGACCACAACGACUCUUUUGUCUCUGAAGGAGAAGUCAAGCAAAUUGGCUCGCAUUUCACUUGCUUUUCACCCGCCAUCUUUGUCCUUUAUCAUCCCCUCGCUACAUUAUUCAUUGCAAACCCUGCGCGCGAUCAACCGGUGGGUAGAACCGAAAAACAAAAAGGUCAAAAAGGCUGAAGUUCCUCUUUCUGACUGCUAACCAUAAAGGAGAACCAGGAUAACAAAAGUGCGAUUUUUGUGUGGGUGGCUGUGUUGCAUUUAACUGACAAGCAUCGAAAUGGUUUAGUUUGAAGACCGCUUAGUUCCCGUUUGGCUUUCAUAUGCUGUCACCUUGUAACAGUUUGGAUGUUGCUGUUGACUGUGCUAGCCUUAAAUAAGAAUUAUUGCAGUUGAGACAGUGUUCCAAUUUGGCUGUCAAUACAUUGUCUUGAGACUUGGAAAGACACUGCAGCUCAUUGUGCUGCCAUCGGCAGCACGGAAGAACACUUUUUUAUCUCUGGCUCAGUCUCGUGCGGCGUCUUUCCUGCAGUUGCCUGUUCCGGCCUGAGUGAUAAAACAAUACAAACUGCAAUAAAACGCACAAAGCACUUCAUAUACAGGCCCCGGACAGAUAAUGACAAAGUGCGUCUGCCCCGAGGAGGCAGACGAAUCAAAAUCUCCAAAAAGGUUGUAUGCCUGUGCAGUCUGCAAAGUGUACAAAAUCAAUUGCAAGUAGCAUACAUUCUAACUUUUAAUGGAAACGGAAUUGGAUUCUUUGAAUUAGAGUCCUACAUUUUAAGGAAUGACUUGAAGGUUAGUAGUACAGACUCCAGUCACGGAAGCAAAAACCUGAAUGAAACUAUGACAAAGAACCGACAAAGAGCAAAUGCAACUUCAGAGACGAAUCGAAUGGCUUACCCACGCAGUGCUAAAAAUAGAAGUUGGUGGUCUGCAUGAGAUUGUUUUAUGUGUGCAGCUAUGUUGCAAAAAAAAAAAAAAUGGAUGAAAUUAGACAUCUUUGAAUCGCCAGAAAAGGAACCUAACACAUACGUAGGCUCACAGACUCUUUCCAAAUGCUGUACAUUGCCACGAGCUUGAGCAAGGCAUGCAAGGAUCUUUUGUUUGUUGCAUGAUAGCCCUUUUGGCCCUCCGUGCUGAAACCACAAUGAACGAACCCGGAGCACACGCAACUAUCGCAAAGGAACAUGCACUAGCUUAGUUGAAUUGUGCAAUUUUGCAUACUAUCCCCCCCCCCCCAAUACAUCUUCCUGAAAACAUGAAAUUAUUUUCAUCCCAAAACGCUGCUUUUGAAACUAGUCAAGAGUAGUGUCAGUUUGUUAGCAUGUCAACUUGAUCUGCAGCUGUUGCCCAACUCAAAUUUCCAAACAGGCCCAACUUCUGUAGCCCUGUGAGGGGGAAAUAGUUGCUAGAAAAUCGCUGCAACUAUAUCCACAAGUUUUUACAUCACGGCAAACAAGUGUUGAGUCAAGUCAUGUAAAGGACAAAAAAAAAAGAAAUCGAUAAAUGGGCUACCAUGCGCUACGCAAGUUAACCCUUCUGUUGUUCGAUCAGUUCACCGCUGCUUCUGCUUUGCUUUCUCCUCCGCUUGCCUGACGGUGCGCAGAGGUAGAGUUAAGGACCUUAAAAAUGUAAUCGGGCUGUCUGUGGAUUUGUUCAAAAAGAACUUUGGUAGCACUUGGGGAAAUAAAAAAAAGCAGAGAGAUGAACGGGAUACCGAACUGGAGCCGCGAAUGGAACAGUCUGUCCCUGUUUUGCACGCCAACUGACACAUGCAGCGCUUUCCUGCCAGCAUUCAUCGUGUCAAUGUCUUUCUCAUCUUGCCUUUUGUAAGCGCUGGAGAAACUCUCCCCUUUUUUU